AUGCUAUCUAAAUUUUGUACAUUAUCUUUUGUCACAUCAAAGUGUAUACAACCAUUUCAAAUUAUACGUGGUCCAAAUAGUCGUGUUGUUAGAUCCAACUCUUCUCAAAGUUGUUUUGAUGAUCAUCAUCAACCUCCCCAAUCAUCUACUUUUAAUUUCUCUUCAACUUUUGGUCACAAUGGGUUUUAUUCCCAUUCAUGUAUUCGUACUUACUCUACUAUUACAACAACACCAACAACAAUAACAACAACCAACGAAAAAGAUAAUGUAAAAGUACCUUCCAACAACUAUAUUCGAUAUAUUGAAGAUUUAAAUGCCAAAGUUAUAGUCUCUCUUCGUCCUCAUGGCUUUGGAAAGACUUUAUUCCUAGACAUGCUCCACCAAUACUAUGACUGUAAAAACAGGAAAACCUUUGAUGAUAUAACCUCUGAUAGACCCGAUAAAUUGUUUGGUCACCUCUCCAUUGGUAAGAAACCAACUCCUUUAAAGAAUGAAUUCAUGGUACUCCAUCUUGACUUUUCUGGACUCGAUACUUCUACUUUUGAUGUAUAUAGCAAGCUAUUUGAAAAGGAUUUCAAUGAAAAGGUAAACUUGUCGAUUGAGAAAUUUAAGAAUACCUACAACAAAACCUUGGAGAUAUCGCCUGACAAUUGUUUGACUAGUUUUGAGAGAUUGAGGAGUACUGUUUGUAACAGUAAACUCUAUAUCCUCAUUGAUGAGUACGAUGCUUGUCUAAACGAUGCUAUUAAUAAUAGCAGUAGUAGCUCUCCAGAUCCUGAGAUUGUCGAUACCCGAUCGUCGCUAUCAACAAAGAUAACCAAGAUACAAGGCCGACUUAAACAAUUCUUUAAAAGAGUCAAGUCAGCAUGUGACAAAUCAUAUACAGAGUUUAAUAUUAGAAAAGGACUUGAUAUCCAUCCAUUCCAGCCAAUGUCAAGAACCAGAUAA